GGGGCCGGUGAGAACUGUGACUUGAGCUUUAUCUUUUUUUCGCCUAGAGUCUACCCAGAGUAACGCAGUGACGUUGAGGUAGAGUGCGGCAGAUGACUCGAGGAGAUUCUUUCGAAAGGGUUCUGUGCUGUAGCCACCUGCUUGCCUGUGUCAGCCAGCUGCUCUACUCUACCUACCAUCCCGGUCAGUCGUGGUAGCCUCUAGUCUCACCGACGUCAAUAUCACGAACCCCUCCGCGCUGUAACAAACCGCCCUCCCACCAUAGACCGCCCAUCCCACCAUCCCGCCAUCCCCCCACAACUUCGCUCCCAAUCCCACCCGACCUCCGCACAACUCCACAGCACAUUUGCACGCCCAUCCGAAGCUUCACCAAGACCUUACGCAAACCCAUGUCCUCUCCCAGUCCCGACCUUCCAGCGGCGGCAGAUGCAGAUGCAAUCCGCAGCAAACGCUUAGCCCGUCUCCAAGCCCUGCAGCAGCAGCAACAGCAGCAGCGACCAUCCGCAGAACCGAGCCAUCCACCGCCAGACGCGCCCGACGAAGCUUCAAAGUCGGCCACGACGCAGCAGCAGCACCGUCCGGAAUCGCGACUUCUCGCCCCCACCACAACAAAUCCCGAGGUUGCGUCUCCAUCGCUCAAGCGCGCGGCGUCCCCCACGGCAGCUCCGCAGACCAUCAGGAUCGCGCCGGCGGCGGCGAGUGCUGGCCCGUUGAAGCAGCUACUGGCACCGGAGGGCGGCCUCACACAGCAGGAAGCCUGGGAGGAUCAGAAACUCGGGCAGAUUUUUAAGGUUGCGCUAAGGUCGAGCCCGAGAACUACUUCCGGGGGUUAUUUGAUUCUGGAUGAUUUAUGCAGAGACCUGCAGGACGAGGUCGAGCCGGGGAAGGUUCCCCACCUCUCGGUGUCGAUCCUCGACCAAUUGAUCCUGAGCAUUUGCGGCAAGAACGUGGUGCCGUUGAAUCAUCUGAUCGGAUCGUGGAAGCGAGCGAUGGAUAUCCAGCGCAAGACUCCAGCGAGCAGGUUGGACGCGGAAAAGAUUGGGAUCCUGAAGGAGGUUAGGCGCAUGUGCUCCAACUAUGCGCUCUACUGCAUCACGAUGCCGGAUAUGUUUGGCGGCAAUCAGCCCCCCGUACGGUUGGACCAGCGGUUGAUCACCGACCCGGAAGACGACCAGGGACUACCGCAGGACAUCUUACUGGAGUGGGUGUCGAAACUUGACGAGGAGCCGGAGCUGUUGGGUAAAUUCGAGGAAGCCUUCGUACUCAUGAGCACAACACUAGCAGACAUGAGUAUGUGCGACGACUAUAAAGUAUACAUCUCUGCGCUCAACCGAAUAGCACAUAUCAAGCCGCUGGCGGACAUCUUCACCGGCCUACCUGAAUUCUUGUCUGAGACGGAACCACAGGACAUGGAGACGACGAUGGUGCUGGGCCCGUUCUUCCGGAUCUCGCCACUGCAGGCCGAGGUAUCCAGGCAAUACUUUUCCAAUGGCAAGGCGAAGGCAGCAGUCACCAUUCGGGACACCACAAAUGCCCUACGCAUGGCCUCGAAAUCGCUGCAGGAGGAGCUUGCGCAGAUUGUGACGGCACUGUGCAAGGCUUCUGAUCGGUCGCGCGGACGGGUGCUCGACUUCUUCGCCGCAGUCAUCAAUUCAAACAGGAAACGUGCUGCACUUCACGUUGACCACACUACGGUUAGCUCGGACGGGUUCAUGGUCAACAUCUCGGCGGUGUUGACCCGUCUGUGUGAGCCGUUCAUGGACUCGACAUAUUCCAAGAUCGAUAGGAUCGAUGUGGACUACUUCCGUCGUAACCCAAGGCUAGAAAUCGGCGAGGAGACAAAGCUGAAUGCCGACGAUCAAUCCUCGAAGAAGUUUUACUCUGAGGUCGUAGAGGGAAAGGAUAGUUUCAUCACCGAGAUCUUCUUCCUCACCGUCGCGGGGCUCUACUAUGGCUUGGGUACGACGGAGUCUGAGCACGACGGACUUGCUAGGGAUAUUCCCGAGAUGGAGAGGCACCUGGCAAGAAUUCAAGAGGACCGGCAGAGAUAUAUUGGGACUCCCGCUUUGGCAGUUCUCGACCGGAACAUUGCCAAGAUCAAGGACCGGAUAGAUGGCGCCAUUGCAUACAGAUUCGCUCUCGAGGUGGUCCUGUGGGAUCGCACCAUACAAGCUUCGGUACUGCUGUUUAUGAGGUAUCAAAUGGUUUGGCUGCUCAGACUUGUUGAUCCACACCAUCAGUACCCGAAUAAGCUCAUCACAUUGCCACUGCCCGACCCUCCGGCGCAUGUUUUCAACCAUCUACCAGAAUAUAUGGUCGAGUCCGUUGGUAACAUCGUCAGCUUCGUCAGCGUGUACACGCCCGAGGUUCUGAUCUCAACACAGUUGACGGAGCUCCUGGUUUUUUCCGUGACUUUCCUGCGGUCAUCGAAAUACAUCAUGAAGGCCACACUCAAGUCGAAGCUCGUGGAAAUAAUAUUUUACGGCACUCGACCGGGUGGCCCGUCUCGCAGCGGUAAUGGAUAUUUGGGAGAACUGGUCCAUGGGAACAAGUUCAUCCUGCAGCAUCUGAUGCAUGCGCUGAUGAACUUUUACAUUGAGAUCGAGAAGCAUUACUACGAAAAGUUCAACGUGCGCUAUCACAUCUCCAAGAUCAUCCAGCAGCUCUGGCCCAACCAGCAGUACCGGGACAAGCUCGAGCAAGAGAGCGAACACAACGUGGACUUCUUUGUCCGCUUCGUGGCCCUGUUGCUGAACGACGUGACAUACGUCCUGGACAAUGCUCUCGCCGCACUCAUCGACAUCCGCAAGUACCAAGAUGAGCUCGAAAGCAGUGCGGCUAGCUUCCUUACUGAAGAGCAAAAGUCCGACAAAGAAAAAGCUCUGGCCAAAGCAGAGCGCGACGCACAAUCAUACAUGCAGUUUGGCAACGAAACCGUAAUAAUGCUCAACCUCUUUACGUCCGCCAUCGGCGAUUCCUUUGUACAGCCCGAAAUCGUCUCUCGCCUCGCUGGCAUGCUCGACUACAACCUCGAAGCCCUCGUUGGGCCAAAGUGCAACAACCUCCGCGUCCGCAACCCCGAUAAAUACCGUUUCAACCCCAAGGCGCUUCUCGGCGAAAUCACAGGUGUAUACAUAAACCUCUCCUCCAAGCCUCCGUUCAUCGAAGCCAUCGCGCGCGACGGCCGCUCCUACAAGCCGCAAACCUUCGAGCUCGCCAUCUCGGUACUGCAGAAACACCACCUCCGCAGUAACGAGGACAUCGCGGUCCUUGCCAAACUUGCGCAGGAGGUGGAGAUCGUCAAGGCGCGCGAGGACAAGGACGAACUGGAGCUGGGCGAUGUACCAGACGAGUUUAUGGAUCCGCUCAUGUUCACGCUCAUGGAGGAUCCUGUCAUCCUCCCUACGAGCAGAACGAGCAUCGAUCGACAGACUAUCAAGUCGCAUCUGCUCUCUGAUGCUACAGACCCGUUUAAUCGUGCCCCGCUGAAGAUUGAGGAUGUUGUGCCUGAUACGGAGCUGAAGGGAAAGAUCGAUGCGUGGGUUUCUGAGCGCCGGGCGGCGGUGAAGGCUCAGAAGGUGGCGGCAGAGAGCGGAGCAAUGGAGAUAGAUGGUUGAUUUUUCUUUCUUUCUUCUUUUUAAUUUUAUUUUUGCUUUCCUUUUCCUUUUCCUUUCCCAUUGUUCGAUCGUUCGAUCGUUCUACCUAUCCUUUUCGAGUGGGCAGCCGU